AAGAUCUUUGAUACUAUAAUCAAUACUGUGCGAUAUGUUGCUCAAUUCACAAAAUUCAAAAAUAUUUUUGGAUAGCAGGCAUAUUGGAGUUUCGCCCAAAAGAGACAGAAGAUAAAUUGAAAUAGACCAUAGCCAGUUGCAGUUAUUAACUUUCAGCCUCAUAAAUUUUAAUUAUAGUUGACAUUAUUACCCGCGCCUAAUCAUAAGUAUGUGCAAACGGUGUACGACUGUUAGUCCCCAUAAAUUCGAUAUACGGUUACUGGCGGAGAAGAGUGUGAUUCUAGUGGAGACGCCGGGUCAUGAAUCAGAAAUAUUUCUGCCCGAGUUACAGCACGGUCGUGUAACUUUAUCGAAUAUCAUCCGCAGCCGCCAGCCCAGCGUCCGUCCGAGUGGAGUUUGUUUGCAUUCCACCCUGUCAUCACACCCUGGUCAGCGACUGGCGAACCGUAAACUGAACACUACCAUGUCGGACUUGGCGCCAAAGAGCUCUGGUCGAGACAGGAACGUCUCCAAGCUACGCUUCGAGCUCAAGCUCAUUUCGAACGGGAACGUGGUGCUUGCGGAAUGUAAUGGCUAUGAAUCUGAGAUUUUUCUACCUCAUAUUUUUAGCCAUUGCGUUACCAUGAAGCGCGUCUCUGCUGGUCAGCUGGCGCAAUAUGCGGAAUGUCGGAAAUCGAAGAGGAACCAGUCUUCAUCUGAAUCGGCCAACAAUGCAGCUUCUACAGCGGCCGCUUAUUUAGUAGCACACGCUGAUAAUCAAACGAAGCUACUGGUGAAACCAAUUCAUCUCAUUAUGAAUACGUCAGAUUCGCAGAAUGAACAGAAAUACCAAGAAAAGCAGAUAGUGAACAAUGUGAACAAGGGAUCAAAAGUAAAGGUGCCGUCGGUUCAGUCAAAGAAAAAGCACCGCAAGCAGAUCUUACAUAAGGCAGCCGGUGAUGCCUGACAGAUUAAAACAGAUUAGACUUAUUUGUACCCCAUUGUGCUCACACAUUGCUCAGGCGCCAAGCUUCAAUAUUCAGUACCUGUAUUCACACCACAUCAAUUUACAAAAAAUCUUUAUAGGGCACACUGAUAUUUCUCUGUCCAUUAAUGUAAAAUUUAUUUAUUAAAAUUUUUUUAUUAAAGUUUUGUGUAAAGUUGUCAUUUGGCCAGUUAGUAAUGCAUUUUAAUAACAGACCAUCCAAAUUCUCCUUGAAGCUGUUGAUGAACCAAAACGUUGUGUUGGUCGAGUAUCCGGGCCGUGAACCUCAACUUUUCAUUCCAGUCUUGCUCGAUGACACUAUCGUUUUAGAGAACAUCAUUUUUGACUAUAAUGGACCGCUGCCGAAUAAAACGAAGCCAAAGUUGCCAGAUCACCAAAUGCCAAUGCCAACCAAAAGGAACUCUGCACAUUUAGGAAUAGACAACAAUCGACUAAAUCGACGUCAAAAGCGUCUCAGCUCUGAGCAGAUCGGUAAUUCAGGCACAUUCAACAGCGAUAUUGUCCAGUGGAUCCGUACCGGUAUUAGAACCAUACCAAAGUCGAGCCGUAGAUUGAAGAAGCUCUGUGCUCCAGUUUCUGGUACUGCUAUCGCACCUUCAGUUACUGGUGUCCACCUCUUAAAUUCGUGCCAAGCACAUUACAAAGUUUACAGCAAGGCUACGACGAAGUAUGAUGCUAUUCGGAAGGUUUUAUUGACACCCUUGGUAAAGAAUUAGUUCCAUGAAUGUCGCAGUAUAUUCAGUAAGCAAUGAUAUAACGCUUCGAGACGAACUUGUCAAUUGUUUUAAAUUUUAGAUUAAAGCUAACUGGCAUUUUUUCUGGUUUUAAUAAA